CUCCGCUACGAGAACGAGGCUUUGUCCACAUUGCGUGCACUGUCCUUCUUAAUUUACUAUAAAGUUGGUUGCAGCUGAUUUUUUGAUAUCAUUCAGUUCAACAAGAGCUCCUUGACAACAACAAACAAAAUGUUCAAACUUUUCGUAUUCGUGUGCAUGCUGGUGGCGGCCAUGGCUGAGCCCAAGCCCGGCGUGCUGUACAGCGCGGCAUACACGGCGCCCGUGGCGGCGGCGUACACCGCGCCGGUGGCUGCUGCCUACACCGCGCCGCUCGCCUACUCCGCCUACUCCGCGCCGCUCGCCGCCUACUCCACCUACCCCUACGCCUCACCCUACGCCGCCGCUUACCUCCUGAAGAAGUAAUUUAGAGUUCACAAAAAAUAAUUUUGGCAAAAUGAAAAUCAAUUAAAGAAAUAGUACUU